AUGAAUAAUUUAUACGUUCGAAUAUCUCUUAUAUGUGGUGCUUUGUCAACCUCUUAUUUUGUGAAUUAAUAUUUUGAAAAGACCUACUUUAGGAGACUUCGAUUCAUCAGAAAACUAGCAAGAACAUAUUUUAAGUAAGAUGAUGGAACAGAAUUGUUUGAUGAUUAAAUUAUUGGUAAUGUUGUGGCUAGAAGCGAUGGAAUGCAUCUUCAUUUCGGUAAUAUGAAACAAUAUGUUGCCUAAAAGUUUUCAACUCCUACAGCUAUCAUUUAUGUUUAAAAAGUGGAGGCUAUAAAAAAAAUAGUACAAAAAGCUUCUAAAUAUGGAUUUAAAGUUACUACUAUGGAUGUUGAUAGUAUUUAGGAUUACAAAUAACAGCUUUAAAAUAAUCUUAAUUUAUCCUAAAAAGAAAUCAAAAGACUUACUUAUUGUAAAUAUCCUUUUUUGAUCAUUAAUCUUAGGAAGGUCUUACAUUAGGAAUACGAUUAGUAAACUCAAAUUGUUAAAGUAGGAGUAGGAAAUCGAGUAUAAGAUGUGAAUUAAUUUUUGGCCUAAUAUGGGAGAAGAAUUCCGUUGUCAGGUUAACAAAGAUUAUUUACAAUUUUAAGUGACAAUUCUACACCUUUGGAUUCGGUGGAAUAUGAUAAUCUUAAUUAAAUUGUUACUGGCUUAGUUGCUAUUUCACCAACAUCUCAUUAACUUUAAACUGAAACUCCUACAGCCUCCCCUAUCAUCAAUUAAUUAUUUAUUGGAUAAUAACAUAGAUUUGGAAUUGUAUAUGAAGUAUCUUUAAAAACUGAAUCUUUAGAAUUACCUGUUAAAUAAGAGAUUAAUUUAGAUAAAAGAUAUAUUAGUAAAACUAAUUUAUACUAUCUAUUUGAUUCAUUAAUUAAAUUAUCUUAAUAACAAAGAUAAAAAGUAUAAAUUUAAAUAAAUUGAUUAGAUUUAAUUUCUAUAUGAUUGCUAUUCAAAUUAAUAUAAAAUAAUCUAAUAAGGAACCUAAAAUCUUCCUGAUUUGAAAUAAACUUUAGAUAACGUAGUUGAUAAAUAUGUUACACGAUAAUUGUGGAAUAAUAAUAAUAGUAACAGUAAGAAUAAUUAUAAUAAUAAUAAUAAUAAUAAUAAUAAUAAGAAAAAUAAAUAGAAUGAUAAUAAUAAUACUUUUAAUGAAGAAAUGUCUCUACAAUUAAAAUAUUAGCUUUCUUCUUCACAAUUAUUAUCAUGUCUAUUAUAAUUAAAAGAAUUAUAACUGAAAUAACAAUAAAAAUAAUUUUUAGUUCAAGUUGAUUUCAAAACAGGAUAUCUUACAGUCAAUAUUAAUAAUCACCUUCCGUCAAAUGAAAAAUUAUAAAUGGUCAAAUCUUUUACACAUUAUAUAAGUAAUAGAAGAGGCAGAUUUAUUCAAUGCAAUGAUAAAUUAAUAAACAGAAUGCUCAAAUUAGAAACUUAUCCUAUGGAAUUAGGAUUGAAUUCUAUGAGAUUGGAGCAUAAGUUUGCUGAGUUAAUAGAUAAAAAUAAAGUAAUGUUUCAUGAAUUUUUAUAACAUACUGAGUUAGAUGAACAAAUUAGUUGAGUAUCC